CGCAACUCCCAACUCUCUCAUCAUGUCUGGACGUGGAAAAGGUGGAAAGGUGAAGGGAAAGUCAAAGACCCGCUCCAACCGUGCUGGACUUCAGUUCCCCGUCGGCAGAAUCCACCGUCUGUUGAGGAAGGGCAACUACGCCGAGAGAGUCGGUGCCGGCGCCCCCGUCUACAUGGCCGCCGUCAUGGAAUACUUGGCCGCUGAAGUCCUCGAGUUGGCCGGCAACGCCGCCCGCGACAACAAGAAGUCGAGAAUCAUCCCCCGUCACUUGCAGCUCGCCAUCCGCAACGACGAGGAGUUGAACAAGCUGCUCUCCGGCGUCACCAUCGCCCAGGGAGGUGUCCUGCCCAACAUCCAGGCCGUCCUCCUCCCCAAGAAGACCGACAAGAAGGCAUAAGUUGUAAUCAGAACUCCGAAAAUCGGCCCUUUUCAGGGCCACCCAAAUAAUUCCAAUAAGAAUACAUAAGCAAUAAUGUAUAUCAUAGUCACUUUCCACGUAAAUCUUAUAAGUAAUUAAAUUUGUUUUCAAUUACAUAAUUAUUGUAAUGAAAACUAAUCAACAAUCAUUCUCAAGCAGACUAACACAACCACUGCUUAAGAUAAAGUAUAAUUCAGUAGUCCUGCCCAGUUUUUCUAAAAUGUAAAACUUAAAAACACUCAAAAUGGAA